UGCGUCAAAACCUUUAAGUCUUUCUAUUUCGCUAGACAUUUUUAGAGUAUCCAUGAUUUUCUAUUACCAGCGGCACCCGUCAAUAAAAGUGGGGACAAUUCUUAUGUUUUUCUAGGCUAAGAGACCUAAUUAACAUUUACUAUUGACUCAGGAAAACGUUCAGCCCUUAUGUGUUUAGACGAUAGCUAUGUCCAACAAACAACGAAAAUAUGUUUUUAUUCCUACUUCCUCCCCCGAAUGUAACAACGAAUGUAAUGGGAUAAUGGAAGCUAUUGGUCACUAAGUUACCUCAUGCCGUUGGAGAUGCGCCAUUUUAUUAGACCAUGAACUCUACCGAUUUUUUGCGGCAGUGGAGAGCAGCUCCACAUGCCAAUUGUGCCACAAAUCACUCAUGAUUAAAAAGAAAAACGAACAAUGAAAAAUUGAAGUGCAAUUAAAGAGUUGUGUAUUCAGUGCAUUCACAUUUUAUGAAAGUUGUCCUGUGCGCCGAUCAUUAGACCGCUUCUAGUUGCUAAGUAUCGUCAAUACCGCCAAUUUUCCUUUCCGGAUUCGCCAAUAGCGUGGACAAAUAAAAGAACUGUAACUAGAGCGUUUAUUUGUUUUGUCGCCCUGUUUUCGGCUGAUUGUUUUUCAGUGUGUACAGUGAGGAAAGAGAAAACAAUGGCAGCUUGCUCAAAUCAAUUAGAGUCCUAGGUCAGUGUUUAUUAACAGUUCACACUCGUAGUAAGAAAGCUUUCCUGUUCACCUGUCACUCUUAUCUUUGAUUACGCGAAUUUCUCAUUUACAUAACAACUGCAAAGAAUUCAUUGGAGCAGGGGAACGGAAAACGUUCAGAAUGAAGAAGGGCAGCAAACUCAAACAUGCCGACUUUUGGGCGAAGAAUGCCUUGGGCUGGUUUGAGGAAACUGAAGGUGGGGAAUUGUGAAGAUCAGCUAUGGGGAGCGCAGCGAGUUUGAACCAGUCUUACAGCGGGGCGAACGAGCAAAAUGGGAAAUUACAACAGAGUGCUGCCACCAAAACCAACUCAACAACUCAACUCAAACGAGAACUGAAAGAAAAAGAUGACUUUUUGCAGCGAAAAGACGCCGAAUUACAACAUCGGCAGCGCAUCAUUGAAGAGAAGGAUGCCGAGUUGGCCAAACUGAGGAAGGAAAUACACGAAUUGAAAUGUGUCGUCCAGCAAACUACAUCCAAGACAAGUAUUCUGUCUACUAUUCAAGAAGACAGCAUCAAGGGCGGAAGUUUCAAACCACGAAAAGCGAUGAGAUCCAGCCGAAAGGAGAAGAGAAUGGCUGUGAGUGGAGAGAGUAGUUCAAAGGCAGAAGAGGACACAGAGAAAGAACUGGAGCGGCAUCCCAAGGACUUUCGGUGAGUGUUGCUGUUGUUAUCGGUUUAUUAAUCAUCCAGAGCAAUUUAUUUGAUUUAAGUGUUUGUUUUUCUCACUUUCUUGGGCCAGAAUUGAAAAGGAAAUUCUGCGAGGUAACAGCAAACGGUGAAAUACUUUUUAACUGUCAAAGAUUCAUCGAGCGAACUGCAUAUCGACUCGAAGCAAACAGAGAGGUUUGCUGUCAAAUUCGAUAGAACAUCGCUGUGUUUUACCCCAUUCACCUGGUUUUUCUUAAAUCAACAUGUUUCCGAAUAAGCUGUUUUAUUUUAACAUUCGGAUAUCCUGUCCUCGGAUGUGUUUACUUUCGGGUAAAAUUCGUCUUGGUUUUGCUCUCGAUGUAAAUUCAUAACGUCUCUGAAUGUGUCUUUAUCGGUGAAUGCCAAAAAAUUCAUUACUGAAGGUUUAUUUGAUCUUUUUCCCUAGUGAUCAAACUAUGCGCUUAAUGCUGUCAAGAUUUUUUUUUCAAAACAACCUUGGUUACUCGCAAAAAACAAGAUUGGGAAGAAUUUUGAAAUUUUAUUUUCCUUCGACCUGCCGCAAUAUCUCGCUGUAAUGAUUACAAAUUCAAAAAGAGAACUUAUCGUUACAGACUCAUUACCAUCCCAAUUUAUUUUCUACGUUGUUUUAAUGUGUCGUGAAGUUGUGACUAAUUGACUUAAAUUUUGACAUGCCUCUAGGAUUAGUUCAUUUGUUGACCCUUAUCUGCAUAACCACUACGAAAUGACGAAUUUGUCCAAGAAUAUUUUGAAGACACUUAGUUGAAAACGUUUUAUUUUAGCUACAAUGAUCUUCGGAUCUGGCAACGGUCGCAAAUUUUGUUUAUCUUCCUCCGAGAGGAACAUAAUUUUAAUUCUAGUAGUUUUUUGAUUAUAUGUUAUUUAACUUCUAUAUGCUUGCCGUUUAAUGAAAUCGAAGAUCCCUCCGUACUGCGUUCGUAUUUCAUAUAGCCAUAGUUUCAACAGUAUCAAUGCCUCAAACCGUUUCUCUUAUUCAUCGAAGUUUUUUUUUCGCUAAAAUAAUUAUAUUUCAAUACUCUAAGUGCUCCUACACUAAGUGCCAUAUUUUCAGACGUGUGCAUUCCGAACCGGAACAAGUCCAGAUGGAAGAGUGUGUUCUGCAUUGUUGUUAAGAUAUUUCUUCUUUAGAGCACAGCUUCACUUUAAAACAAAUGAUCGACGUUAAAUUUCGCUAUAAAUUAUUUUUUCUCCCCUGUUAUAAACAUUUCCUACGUCUUUCUCUCCCUUAAGACUGGUGGGGGCUAGUAGCCACCGCGCGCAAUGCGAUCGCGGCGAAGUCAUUGUUUGUGAGUUUAGCCUAAAUUUUAAUUGUCAUGUUCGUCAUUGUGCGAUUCUAUUGAAUAUCCUCUAUCCUUGGUUAGCCUUGCUCGAUAUUGCUUUAUUAUUGCCUCUUUUGUGUUUCACUGUCUGACCUUACCGGCUGAUAUUUUUCGGUCUUCAAGGAGUUAAAGUCGUUUUAUUCCGUGCAAAAAAAAAAAGACUUUUCAACAUCAUGAAGUAGGUCGGUCAAUCCUUUUAAAAAACAAACAAAUUUUAAGCAUCUUUAGUAGUGCUCAGAUUGCUACAUAUGUAUAUUAAGGUAUCUCUUUUAUAACUUAUGCUAAAUUCGCCUUCCUCUUUUUGAUGUUAGGUCUAAGCAACUCAUUAAAGACGCAAUCAAUGAAAAUGAUUUCUUGAAGAACCUUGAAUCGGCUCAAGUUCGUGAGAUAGUGGACUGCAUGUACCCCAAGAACUACAGCAGGAGUGAUAUGAUUGUAAAGGAGGGAGAUACUGGGCAGGCUUUGUUUGUUAUCGCAGGUGAGAUACGACGUCUGGAGUUAAAUAUAUGACGAAAAAUGCAAUUCAGUUGUCAAGGGGUCAGUCGUUCAAUUUAUAACUUCUGCGAAAUAUGAAUGAAACACAUGGCUAAUCGUGGGCUCCAACGUCAAAAUUGAAAAAUAGGAAAAGCGCAUCAACUCGCACUAAUAACUGUACAUCAACCUCCGACAUGUAAAGCGGCGCUUGAUCAUUCAAUCCGAUCGAAAGACGCAGACGAAGAACGUGUUCUGCCGAAAGGAAACAGGUUGAAAGAUUUGGGGGGAAGUGGUAAAGGUUGGAGCGAAUUUGUUUUUAUUAGUUAGUGUCUGAACUCGCAAAGGUGGAAGGAGGAGAACUUCCAAUGGCACGAAACCUCCAGAUACCAUAAUAUAGCGGUCGAAACGUCGCGGUCUACUUAUUAUUUAAAGAGUACUAAUACUGAAACACGUUUAAUUUCAAUAGGAUAAAUUAGCAGGUCGUUGGUUUCAAAAUGUGUGACGUUAACAUGUGUAGCUACUGAACCCUUUGCUUUUGGGAAAUCCGAAUAUAUUUUAGUUUAAGAUUGUUUAUGGUUUUAGGUGAGAAAAAUAUUAAAUUUUUACCCCCUCUCCCGCCCUGUCAUAGCUAUGAUCGCCACAGUCAAAGGGAACCUGCUCUUUGAUGGGAUUUGUCGACUGAAAUCAGUAGACAUUAAGAUAGUUAGAAUAUUUUCUUUAGAGUAAUCCCUAUUUUUACAGAGGGCCGCCUUGAGGUGACCAAGGAUGGGGAAGUUUUAGGUGAAAUAAAUGGUGGAACUGUGUUCGGCGAGUUGGCCAUCCUGUACAACUGUAAACGUACUGCUUCUGUUAAAGGUAAACAAACAGUUAACUUAAACGUUCCUUUCCGUGUACAAAACAUUUUUUUUCUUGACUGUCCAAAUCUCAAUUUUCUCAACGAAAAUUCAUCCAGAUGGUAUGAGUAAUGAUGAUUGAACUGAAUAGGGUGCAAUUUUCUGAGCUUGGUCUAAAGCUUCACUGUUAGAGGGGUCCUUGAAAUUGCAAGAUUUACGUUCAUCUAUUAAAAUGCAUUCAGUUCGUAAAGUAUCCAUUAACCAAAUCUUGGCGAAUCUUAUUACAACAGCUUUAGAAAGCGCCAAACUGUGGAUCAUCGACCGUCGUGUUUUUCAGACGAUAAUGAUGAGAACAGGAAUGAUGAGACAAGCUGAGCAUAUCGCGUUCCUUAAAAGGUACGAAAAACGUAGACCUAUAUUUCGAGCGGGGAUUUUUAUCUAGUGUUCAUUAUUUUUACGUCACAACUGUCAGUUAGGAAUGAGUUUGUGAUUUUCUUAUUGGUACACAGAUCUCAGGAUAAAAGCAAUUCUGUUCCCAUUCGUGGCUUUUCUAAAUACUGGCUUUAUCGAUUUCUUCAGCUUAUAAGUAGCAGUGAAUUCAUUUAGGUGACAAAUAGUUGUAAAGAACGAUGUUUAUAAAGACAAUUUCUGGCAAGACACUUUCGAAUCUAGGAUUAUUUUAUUUCACCUUCUAUGCUUAGUAACUGAAUGUUCCCUUAAUUCAUACGAGAAGGAAAGGAGUAUCCUUCAAUAAGGAUAAACCAUAAACCGUUCAAUCUGAUCUUUAAUGUCUCUCUUCCAAAGCGUUCCCCUUUUGAAGAACUUGUCCGAUCAAGAAUUUGCGAAACUUGGUGAUGUUUUAGAAGAGGUAAGACAGUAUACCUAGUGACUCUUUGUACUUGAAACAGCAAGUCAAUUCUCGAUAAAACGUCUGAUUCAUAAGAGCGUUUCCGGCCGAGCUCUAACAUUUGGGAAAGAAAAAAAAAACGAAAAUGAAGCCUUUGCAAACGUUUCCUGUGGGUUAUGGGCGGCGGCGGUAAACAUUACGUUUCAUGGUCUUUGCCCACCAAGUCUUAACAUUUAGAACAGCCACAUAUGCAUAUGUAGAGAUGAGAUCAAAUUUCCAAAUUUGUUGUCUUUUUUAAUUUCUGUAGGACUAUUAUCAUGGAGAAGACUUCAUUAUCCGCGAGGGAGAGAGGGGAGACACGUUUUAUAUCAUUACCAAGGGCUCGGUAUGUGACACUCAAAUCGUGCAAUUCAGUUAACUUCUUUAAGAGGUUACACCUUACGAUAUCGUAGAUGCUUGGGAUCUGGAUGGCUGAGGGACCAUAAACGGAUACUUUAAAACUGGCGAAGGCCUUUGGAUGACCAAAUGUCAAACAUCAUGUUGUGUGGUGUCGGCGUGGUGGUGUGGUUUUGAUGGGGGAUAAUUUUGAUAUCCGGUGGGUGAAAUCUUCGAUUGGAUUUGCUUCUCGUGAACCUCGUUAUCAAGCUUACUCUUCCUUCCGCCCCAGGGUGCUCUAAGAAAUUCCGCUUUGGAAUUACUGAACUGGUUUGCCUUAUCAGUGGGUAUUUAUUUUUAUGUUUACACUGUUUUACAUGUAUUUACAGCGUCCUGAUUUAGUACAAAAAGGACCAAAUACAUCUUAACUUAAAUAAACCUAAAUAUGAUGAUAUUAUCAAAACAAAGAACUUGUUACAUGACAAAAACUUAGUGCGUUUUAUCAGGUGAUCGUCACCCAAAGGGUUGCAGGACGAGAGGAGCCUCAGGAAGUCAGGCGACUUCAGAAAGGCGAUUACUUUGGCGAAAGAGCUCUCUUGAGGUGAGUUUAUUAAAAUCGUUUAUGCAGACGUUAGCUUUUGAGUUUUGUCCAUUUUUUUUUUGCAAGAAGCUGAUUGCACCCUGUGUUUCGAAUUAACGCUGAAACAUUGUCAUAGUAGAAGUAACCCUCAGAAGUUUGCAAUACUAACACCUCAGCUACUAAAUCUCGUUUUCGCAACAUGUACUGGUUGAAGAAUAUGGGUGAUGCACGUACCCAGCACCAAGUAUUUCGAUAACACAUUUCUAUUAUACGUGACACCCAGUAACCGGUUGGCGCACUUCUACAUGCAGAAGUAAUAUUUCUGCUGUUAUCUAGAGUAGGCUGGAUACACAGAGAUUAUUCCGUGGAAAGUGUGCGCGAACGAUUUUUACUCACGAGCUGCGAUGCAUAAAAACGAACGAAUGGGUUUUUUAAUGCAUCGCAACAAGUGAACAAAAAUCGUUCAAGCAUUUUCCAUGGUAUGAUGUUUUUAUUUCAUACCUAAAUUUACAGUGUGAAGUACGAAGCGAACGACUGUGAAAAUACAUCUUUCGUCCACUUAGAGACACGAACAAUAAUACUUCACAGCGUAAAUCCCAGUUUGUAUGAAAAUAAAAUUCUAAUUACACCAUGAGUGGCGUUUUCGACCACUCGCUCGGCUCUGGCGGUAUCUAAAAACGGUUUCGCCAUCGAUUCCAAUGAAAAAAAAAUCGGGGUUUUAAGUCACCCAUGUCGCAAAGCCUGGAGAAAAAAUUUGGUGGGGGGAGGAAGGGCUCAAAGGAAUCUGUUACCAUUUUAACUAUUCGAAACUAGUCCACCAGAACAAUAACACUGUCUUAAGUCACCUUGAUUUACAUUCUGCAAACCUGAUCUGUGUAGCGUACCUUUUGCUGUUUCUCUUUAGUGAAGACCGCAGAACAGCUAAUGUGAUAGCUGAACCACCCGGUGUGGAAUGUCUUGUGGUCGAAAGAACGUAAGUCAUAGUUUUAAUUUUUUUGUAAAUAGUGCAAAACCACACAAAUAUAAAAUAAAAUGAAUUUUGGUGUAGUUGUUGCUGUUGUUGUGGUUUUUGUUGUCGUUGUUGUAAGUUAUCAAUGGGUUGCUGAUUUGAAUGUCCUUAUAGUACCCGAUCUGAUCACAUUUUUCAGGGCUUUCAAAGCGGUGAUUGGUAACCUUGAUGAGCUCAGAAAAAAGGAUUAUGGUGACGAAGAGAGAGGGGCUAGGAGGUUAGAAAGCUGGUUAUGAAAGUUGUUUCUUUGUUUCUCUGUGUACCUUUCAGAGAAAGAGAUUUUAAGUUUAAAAACAGCAAGGACAACGAAGGGCAAGAGGGAGAGAGACUUUAUUUUUAGCGCGAAUUUUUUUCCUAGCUGCUGGGCUAUAUACAAACUCGACAUCCGUCGCGAUUCACACUCGUACGAUUUUUAUGCUUUAUUAUAAUUAUAACAGAGGAUAUCUAGCAACGGGAACAGGACUGUGAGAUGCUUUUAUACGGCAUUUGAACAGAAAAGUGACUCACGAAAAUUCUGACCUUUGCUUUAUUUUUAGGGACUUUUCUACCAAUGAACCUGAGGGAAGUUACUAUCAUGAGAAUAAAAUUACCAAGGAAUUCGAAGAUCUAACACUCGAUGAAUUGGAAGUUAUCGCUACCCUUGGAAUGGGGGGAUUUGGACGUGUGGAAUUGGUAACGACUUACACCCUUUAUUCGUUGUACCUGGUUGUCUCCAGGGCCUCUCUUCUUUUCCCUCAAGGGAAAGAGAUAUCUUGGAAACAAUAGUUUGUUUACGCAAUUUAUAACUUUAACCAAGGUUUUAUUUGCGCGCAUGUAAAGUUUUAAAAGAUAAGGAUUGCUAUCAUGUCCAUCACGUGAUGAAACAAACACAUCUAAAUCUUGCUUCAAUUUCCAAUUUCUGUAGCUUAUCUUGAUCAAAGAUUUCACACCUAUUUUCUCCUUUAGGUCCAAAAUGUUAAAAACAAGCAAACAUACGCACUGAAGUGCCUGAAGAAGAAACACAUUUUGGAUACACGACAACAAGAGCACAUUUACUCUGAGAAGAAAAUAAUGCUCCAAGCAAACUCUCCUUUCAUUUGCAAGUAAGACGCUUUGAUGAAGUAGAUGAAGCCAUGCAAAUGGUUUUACUCAACGCAAAAUACCUAACAGUUGACUUUCAUUGACAUUUGCAUUUAUUUUCCUCAUGAGUAGUAAGUAGUCUAAAGCGACUAGUAUUUCCGCUGGACCUCUAGAAAGAACAUUUUUCAAUCAAGUUUGCAUGGACACUCAAAAUUUAAAGCAAGUUUUUCUCUUCUCAGUUUCAUUGAAAGUAAGGGUUGCUUUUUGGCGGAUGGUAAAUUACAGGCAAAGAGAUGGCAAACUAUUCUUCUCCUUGUUUUUAAAUUUUUUAUCGUUACUUUCGCUCUUUCCUAUUAUUCUAAGGUUAUACAGAACAUUCAAGGAUCGAAAGUACGUCUACAUGCUGCUGGAAGUUUGUCUGGGCGGAGAGCUGUGGACUAUACUGAGGGACAGGUAAGAUAAAAUAAUAAGAAGAGAAAGCUAAUGUUGAGAAGUAAAGUAUGCGGGAGAAAGGGUGACAUAGUGAUGUAAGCAUUCGCCUUCAUCCGCUGUGGCCCUGCUUCCAUUUCCGAACCACACGUCAGAUGUAGCUGGAGCUUGUUUUUGGUUCUCGUUCCCGUUACGCUCAACUAAAAGCCCCUGAAAAUGGUUUUUUACUUGUUCCGCGAGCUGUGGUGUUUGUUUGUGGGUUGGAGUUCUUUUCUACGAGAGCAUUUCUUUAUAUUAGCAUUAUCAUUGUGAACAUUUUUGUUUAUGCAGAGGGUUUUUCGAUGAUUCUACCGCUCGAUUUCUUGUUGCCUGUGUGGUUGAGGCGUUUGAGUACCUUCAUUCCAGAGGCAUUGUCUAUAGAGACUUAAAGGUAACUAACUACUCACUCAGUGAAUAUUCUUUGGAGCGCUUUUCGAUUGUGUAUCUUAAGGUCAAUACCCAGGUAACGACAAGAGCCAAUCAGAACGAGGGAAUACUUCGUAAAGAGCCAAUGAGAACUCAAAGUAAAGCAACCGAACGACCUUGAAGCGCGGGAAAACGAUGGUGGCCCUUUUCUAGACCAAUCACAGAGCCAUGAGAAAUCAAUCCAACGCAAUUCGAGACUACUGUCAACUUUCGGAUCAGUAAUUUCGAAACCUAAAAAACAUUGCAACAUUGCCAUUGUUGUGGGACUAAUGAACAAACUUGUAUUUCCAUUCGUUUUAUCAGCCUGAAAAUUUGCUUUUGGACAAAGAUGGAUACGUGAAGCUGGUAAGUUGAUUUUUUGAUAUCAUUUAUUUUUAAAGCUUCCUCUAUAUUUUAUGUUUUUCUGCUUGACUGUAUAGAGUUAAAAUAUAUAUACUAUCGACAAAUAACAUUUUGAGCUACAGCAGUGGCUGGUAAACGCUCCUCAGAUAUAAGAGAGGUCAAGAAUUAUGUUUGCGCUAUGCAGCAAAAAGUGAACUUUUUUGCCAUCUGCCUUCAACCAUUUGUCCUUCAAAUGGGAAAGUUUGUUUCAGCGCUAAACAAGAGAUCGUUUGCUAUUUUUCUUUGGGAUUAUAUAGUUUAUAGGAAAAGUGAAAAAGAUAGGAAGGCAUUUUUCCCUUAAGUUUGUUGUUGCCUUCAACUUCAAUCUUAAACUCACUAACAUUUUUCAAGUAUUUCAAAAUUAUCCACUUAAAGUUUUAAGUUAUACAACAUAGUUAUAGAGGAAGCCGCCAGAACGGACUGUAUCAACAAUGGUUGGCUUUUGUUUAGGUUGACUUUGGUUUUGCCAAACGAAUCGGGUUUGGAAGGAAGACGUGGACGUUUUGUGGAACACCUGAGUAUGUGGCGCCGGAGAUUAUACUCAACAAGGUAAGGUUUAAAUAGUGUUGAUUAAACUGUUUUGAUUUACAUAUGCAUUGUGUUUCUACUCCUAUUUCAAAUUUCAUUUCUCUACGAUUUUCUGCCUGUUUGUAAAUCGGUUUUGCUGUCUGUCUGUCCUUCCGCUCGUACGUCUUUCUAAUAGCCCCUCCGUUUUUCUGAGUAAUUGAGUAUUAUCUACUGAGUUGACAACUUAAAUUGGCCGCCGUAAACAGUUUUAAAGCUGACGUUUCGAGCGUUAGCCCUUCAUCAAUGGCUCUGGCGAAGGGCUAACGCUCGAAACGUCAGCUUUGAAAUCCUUUACGGUGGCUCGUUUUGGUUAUCAACUGAGUUGAUGAUACUAAAUUACCCUGUUAACUUUCCCACCGACGUAGCACCGCAGUGUCUUUAGAAACUUACCCCUUUUAUUCCUCUGUUUUUCUGUCUGUUUGUAUGCUCUAUUUUUGACUUUUUAGCUUCCAUUUAUAAUCUCUCCCUGGUUUUAGGGCCAUGACUUGUCAGCCGAUUGUUGGUCUUUGGGAAUUCUUAUUUUUGAGCUUCUUAUUGGAAGGUCAGUUCUAUCUAAAUGUACGAGAAGCAGCGUGUAUGAGAAGUUAGGGCACUGGUCUUACGACACGGAGGUCCUGAGCUCCUAUGCUGGGCCAGGCUUAUAAAUUGCUAAAUAAAUUUAGUCUGUCCAGUUAGUACUUUAAAUUGAAUUAUUUUGUUUCAUUGAAGUAUUUGGCAAACAAAGAUAAUCCAUCUCUCGUUAUGAUCAUUAUUUCUCACUCGCCUUGAUUACUCAUUUCAAGUUUUAAAAAGCUGAACAUCAUUAAAUUUAUCGGGUGAAUUAACGGCGAUUUAUUGAACAGGGGCUUCUUUCACCAGACACUGUUUCAAUUUGUUGAGAGUUUCGCGCUAAGAACCUAAGUCACCGUUAUUUUCUUCGAGUAUUUUUAAAGAAUACCACUCUAUAUUUUGAUUCUUACAGUCCACCAUUUUAUGGCCCUGAUCCAAUGAAGACUUACAACAUUAUUCUUCGAGGAAUGGAUGUCAUAGAGUUUCCAAAAAAGAUCGGACGCAAUCCUCAAAAUCUCAUCAGAAGACUUUGCAAAGAAAGUCCUUCAGAACGACUGGGAUACCAAAAAGAUGGCCUCACAGACGUCAAGAAACAUAAGUAACAUACGCCUUGUCGUUCAUCCUUAUCUGCUAUGGUAUUAUGAAAGAGAAUCUUUUGAACAGGGAAUACAAAGACGAUAAAUACCUUUUUUUAAUUCGCGAUUAUUCAAACCCAGCGCGCAAUUUUACCGCGAUAAAAGUUUGAGAGAGACAUUCUGUCUUCGUCCGUCUACUUAACUUUAAAAAAAAUUCUAAAACUAUAAUUAGUAAUCAGCCGCCUGGCCGAAUUGCACACUUAUAGGAUAGUUUAGGCGAUACACUUUUCUAACCGCGCCAUAUUGUGUUCACUACUAUAUAGGCUAUUGUUCAUUUUCUCGUGUAGGAAAGUCAGCUGUUGUGCAUGAAUAUGUUCAGCAGAUGGUUAUUUUGUUUCCUCAAAUUUUGCCAUGGCGUUGACUUUGAUUGGUAUUAGGACUAUCUGUUGUCCGAUUUUGUCUAUAAUUACAGUUGUGAUUGCUCAAAUCGGACAAGUGCGGGAGGCCGAUUUGCAAUGGAUUCUUUUGUUCCACCCAGUACUGCCUUCUGAUUGGUUUUCAUUUCACGAGUGGGCCCUGUUUCAUUACAUGUAACUUUAAUGCUUCUCUUCCCCAAUUUUUCUAUGAUUUUGUUAUAAAUUGAACUCAGUUAUAAAUUUUUUUCUCUUUAGGUGGUUUCAAGGUUUUCACUGGCAAGGCCUGCUGGAGCGGACUCUUGAACCUCCAAUAAAACCCAAGGUACUUGAUAUGACUUACGGUGCCUUGUUAUUGACUGUAAGAAUUAAGUCGCAUUGGGUCGUAAUCUGUGACUGUUGCAUUGUAAAUAGGACAAAAACUAAGUGAGUAAGUCACUGUAAAACCUACCAAUCUGCUUUCACAAACUAAACUUAGGAAAUUCUACUGAAAAACACAGCUCCUUACUUAAAUGUUAUUAUGACAUUCCUUGUCUCAGAUAACAAUCCUUUUCAAGACCAUGCCUCACUCUCACCACCACAGUACAAGAUCGAAGGCAUCUGUAGUAGGUCCAAUAUAGACGUACCCCUUUGAUCCCAAAGAGUGACUACCAUCUAAUUUCUCCUAACAAUAUAACCCCUAAAUCCAAAACGAAGGUCAUGAUGAUGAAUGAUGGUAAUUGAACUAAGUGGAAUGCAAUUUGGGCUGAAAUCAUAUGCGUGAUUUCAAAAUGGAACGAGCGCGCAGCGCGAGUUCGAUUUGAAAUCACAAGUAUGAUUUCAGACCAAAAUUGCACGACACGAGGUUCAAUUACCACUUCAUUACAUCCAUUUUGAAAUCGCUCAAAUACAGGACUUGGUCAGUUCAAAUAUUUUAUAGAUGCAGUACUGAGCUGGUUUGAAAUUAAAUUCAUCUAUUUUCGGGGAGGAAAAAAUAAGUUUUGGGAACAAAAGUAGCAAAAUUUGCCACAUAAUACUCUUUGUCUUUCAUUUUCCUGCAAUUUGAUUGGUUACUUUAAACAAGCCUUGUUUUGUUUCUAGUGUAGCCUCCUCAUUGGCUGGGGAAAAGAUGCAAUUUAAAGCAAAAAUGGUGCGAUUCGUGAAUAAAUCGCACCAAUUAGAGCCAAUCAGAUUACAGUGACCACCAGUGAUUUCAAAAUGGGUGUAAUAAAGGAAGUAAUCACCGACUAAAAGAAGCUCUUGAUUGUUAAAUUAAUUCUUCUUGUCAGCACUUUGGGAAAUGUGUAGAGAACAAUAUGUGGAAUAAGCAAACUGAUGCUGGCUGUAGAAGGUUAAGAUUUCAAAACCUCAUCGACACACCCCAGGCACCCUCAAAAAUUCAUACGGUUCACCUAAUGGGACGGGGGAUGACCUCCUUGGUUAAAACCUUUAUGCUGUAUCCUAAGGAGUGUCAUUUUGAAUAUUUAUCAGGUGAAAGGCUCUACAGACUACUCAAAUUUUGAUCAUUAUGCAAAGGAUAUGGAUGUACCGCCAGACGACCUUUCUGGCUGGGAUGAAAACUUUUAACACUCUAGAAAUGUUGUUGUAGAAGUAGUGAAAAAUGUUUAUUAGCUAUAGAAAGGGUCAGGGGCUUUCUUUUUAUCAAAAGAACGCCAAAAAAGUAUGUUUUUUAAACAGAGAUUGAAGAAUACAAAAAUUGUAUAGAAAAUUAUUUAUAAAAGCCAGUACAUACAUGGUUUCUCCUCACAGAAAACUUGCGAGUGAUAUUAUUAAAAUCUAUUUAAAUUGAAACCAUCAAAUCAGAUAAAGCAUAUUAAUAUGUUUAUGAAAGAGGUGGUUUUGCAAUGACAGUUGUAAACCUCUUGUAUUUGUAGUGAUUUUUGGGCGAGUAUUCAUUUCUUUUCAAAAUGACUAAUUUCAAUAAAUCUUGCGUGC